UUCCGUCUCGGCGUACGGCAAAGGCAAGCCGUCAGUCGGAUUUGAGCUCGUAGGAAAAACAGUCACUCUGAGGCCUGUGAGAGUUGGUUCCGCGAUAGCUGGGCUUUUUGUGACCCGCAUACUUAACUGGUGGUCGAAGCAGAUCUUAAACAUUGCGAGUCGGCUACUUGAUUACAGUUUCUCUCUGCCAGCGAAGAAAUGACGGCUGUGGUCUGGUUUCUGACGGCUCUUUCGGUAGCAGGGUGUUUUGAACUAAGAAAAAGAUAUCCAAGCUCAUCAGUUUUCAGUCUACCAUAUUUGAGUUCAUCUUCCAACUUUACUGUCACAGCUGGAGAAACAGCUGUCUUGGACUGUCCAUUCGGAGCUGCUCCAGGAGGUGAAGUCUCCUGGGAAAAGGAUGGGCGACGACUUCCUGACAAUCAGCGUCAAAGAAUCUAUCCUAACGGUAGUUUGAUCAUCUCUAACGUAAACCGAAAUGAGGAUGUGGGUCACUUCGAAUGUUCUGGCUCAACCCAGGGUAGUCCAGUUUCGCGAAAGGUUAUUACGUUAAAUGUCAAAGUCGCCCCGGCAAUUGAUCCCUUUAGCUUUAAGAGCGACUUGUAUGAAGGAUCGAGAGCAGCGGUUACUUGUGUUGUAGUUGCUGGAGAUCCUCCAAUAUCCAUGAAAUGGUUAAAAGAUGGUCGACAGUUGAACGACGGAGACCAUGGAACCUCAGUAUAUGUGGCUGACGAUGGAUACGUUUCAACACUUACAUUGAACAACCUAUCUCGACGAAACAAUGGAAACUAUACGUGCAAAGCCUCCAAUUCUGUGGGAACAGAUUCCUCUAGUGCUCAACUAGAAGUUAAAGCACCACCCCAUUGGACCAAACCGCCCGUUGACUCUGAUGCUAUACUGGGCAGAUCUGUCAUGCUGCACUGUCAGGCGGAGGGGCACCCCGCGCCUCACAUUCGCUGGAAAGUGGCGAAAGGUCCACCGCAUUUCGUAUCCAGAUUCUCAUCUCAGACUGUGAGAAGAGGAGACAGAGCUACGAUCAGAUGUAACAGUAUUGGAGAAAGUCCUAUUUACCUACAAUGGCUUGUCAAUGGUAAUGAAUUUAACCCUUCAGACCGACGAAGUUACAUAUACAGAGAAGAUCCCUCACCAGAAGGGACACAAGCGGAAAUAACUAUUCCUUCGACUACAAGAGACGACAGCGCCAUCUACACAUGUAUAGCUCGAAAUGACUAUGGAGAAGACAGAAUGAACAUUCAAGUCAAUGUUCAAGAGGUCCCUGAUACACCACAUAACAUUCGAGUUGAAAAAGUAACGAGUCACGAAAUAUCUCUGAUAUGGUCACUUCCGUAUAAUGGUAAUUCUGAAAUCACGGAGUUUCAAGUUCAAUGGCGGGAAGAGCACGAUCAAUGGAGCCAAGUAAACCAAAAAUUAAUGUCAGGGACUGAAACAGCUGCCACUAUUAGUAAUCUCAAACCUCAAACUCGUUACAGAUUUAGGGUUAGAGCAACAAACUCAAUUGGGGUUGGUCGUUUCUCCAAUGCAAUUCAAGAGGAGACUGCGGCAGAACCUCCUCGGACUGCGCCAUCUGGUAUCAGAGCUGUUGCAGUAAACUCCAGAGCAAUUCUUGUGUCAUGGAUGAUGUUGAGAGAACCCGGUACAGGAGAUUUUGUAAAAGGUUAUUACGUUGGGAUCAAACCACGAGGGUCGUCACAGCCGUUCACCUACCGAACCGUGGUGCUCAGGGAUGAAGACUUGGCAGAACAAGAGAUCUCGGGCCUAGAGCGAAACACCGAUUAUGUCAUCGUUGUCCAGGCUUUCAACAACAAGGGUCCCGGUCCUUCUUCAGACGAAGUUUAUGUGAGAACCCCCCAGUUUGAUCGUCCAUCUACACCUAUGUUAAAAGUAUCUGUUACCACGGCAACGUCUAUUACGGUGACAUGGGAUGCUUCAAGCGAUCCAGACUGCCCAGUUUCAAAAUACAUCCUGAACUACAAAAUGGAAGGUACGAAGAGCUGGCAACAGAUUAAUAUUCAUGAGGAUGAAAAUACUCACACUCUGCUGUCAUUAGACUGUGGCGCCAUCUAUCAAUUCUACUUAGUGGCAAUUAACGUAGUGGGAAAGAGUGAACCAAGCCAGACUAUUUCGGCUAAAACAGCGGGCCACGAGUUUCCUACAGGUCCUUCAGAAAUGACGUCAGUAAACUUUCUUUACCGACAUCUGACGGUAACAGUUCCAGUAGCCAGUUCUGUCUUGGUAUUGAUAGUUGUUUUUAUAGUUGUGUGUCAAGUGACCCGGAGAAGAUCUCCUGGUCCACGUACUCAUUCUCCAGAAGGAACAGAAAACAGUGAACAGAUAAAGCCAGAUAAUAUGUCACUCACUGUCACGUACGACAGUAACCAAGAACCAGCUUACCUUCCAGCUCCCUAUGCCACGACUAAGAUCCCAGUGUACUCUCGAGAUCAGGGUGGACCGCUCAGGGGAGGAUCAGAUCCGGGCAUGCGCACAUUUGGCAGUAGUCGCCAUCUUUAUGAUGUACCAAAUCCAAACAGAAGGAUGGAAUCUAAGCCUGUCAACAGCAGCAUUGUUAUUAGCGAUUAUCAGAAGACUGCUCUCCUUCAAGUUGGUCAACAAUACUUAAACAAAAGAAGUCGCAAUCCUAUUGAUAAUGGGAAGAGGAGCCAUAAAAGGGAUUUUGGGGAUGGGAGCUCUGGAAGUGAAUCCGAAGAUGAGAUUCGAGCCACUGCCAACAGGGGGCUCUUUAAAGAACACGAACAUGACGUAGUUCAUGGAUCUGAAAUGGAAUGUGAUCGACAAUGUAAGAAUAUUAUUAUCUAA